CCAAUGGGUGAUUGGGUUGGACGAAUGGGUGACCACCCGUGGGUUUAACACAUUCAAACUUGAAACAAUGAACCCAUUUUAACCUCAUCCAACCUUUCAUUACAAACCCAAUCUAGCCCAACCUGCUAAGUAGGUAAACCCGAUUAACAACCCAACCCGCUAAACCCAUUUCAGCCCAACCCACUGGCAGGCCUACUCUCCAGCAAGUUAUCAUUCGUUGAUGCAAAGGAUAAUCGUUUACUAACUUGGCUUUGUGCUGCAGAUGGUUCCCUGAGUGGAGGAGUCAACAAGGAAGGGGUGGCUUUCUACAACAACCUUAUCGACGAGAUCAUAGGCAGAGGGAUGAAGCCAUUUGUCACAAUCUUCCACUGGGACACGCCCCAGGCCCUGGAAACCAAGUACGGGGGCUUCCUCAGUGAAAACAUCAUGUAUGUAUCCAAGCACCUGCAGUUCGUCAACCACGCCAUCAGGAACGGCGUGAACGUGAAGGGGUACUUCACCUGGACGUUCAUGGACUGCUCUGAGUGGGGGGACGGCUACCUGGAUCACUUCGGCCUCAUCUACAUCGACCGCCUCAACGGCCUCAAGCGCUACCGCAAGCAGUCCACCUACUGGAUCGAGAGGUUCCUCAAGAGAUAGAUGAUGAUCCGAUUUUAAUUGGCAAGUGGCCAUUACUCUCUCAUCGUCAUGAGCUCCAUCUCCGAUUUUAAUUGGCUGCUGUUUACUGUUACGCCGUUGCUAUUUGUUUCCAC